AAUCCGGGGAGGAAAGAGGAAAUGGAAAGAAGAAAGUUGGCUCUACUACUGGUAAACUCGGGAAUAAGGCUUGGACGUCGGAAGAGGGAAAAGCUCUUUCUGAAGGUAUUGAAAAGUAUGGGAAGGGAAAAUGGAAGGAGAUUAAACAGCUUUACUCGGAUGCAUUAAAAGACAGGACAGUCGUUGAUAUUAAAGAUAAAUAUAGAAACAUGACUACGCGAAGUGUGCUCCUGGGAAGGAACGAAAACGUGGAGCUAACAUGAGGAAGGGUCCCCUACCUAGAAGGGGUGAUGGGAGAGACAUACCAAUACCACUGCCAGUUCUAGCAGAUAAGAGGGAGGCUCCCCUACUUAGAUGGGGUGGUGGGAGAGCAAGAUCAAUACCUGCACCAGGUCCAACAGAUAAGGAUCGUCUUCCCAGAACAGCUAGCCGUACUGACAAUGGUAGAAGUAUCCCUGGAAUGAGUAGCCUAACCAGGUUAUCAAUUUUCGAGCUGCCAAGCUCAUCUGAAGGCACUAAUCCAGAUCUUCGCCCUAGGAGUCUUCGUCAUCAUGCUACUCUUAAUGCUAAAAUUGAUGCUGCCAGAGUUUCUGCCGCCAGGAAAGCUGCUGCUGCUGGUUCUAGCAGCAUGGAUGGGAAUGAUGAGAGUGUGCCUCCUGGUGCCGCUCCAACUGCUAUUGUUUCUAGCAUCGGACCUCAUGCUGCGGUUAAUGCUAGAACUGAUGCUGCUGCUGAUGCUAGAACUGCUGGUUCUGGCAGCAUGGAUGUGCCUGAGCAGAAUGGAGAAAGUGUGCCUGCCGCUCCAACUGUUACCUCUAGCACGUUUGUCUAACAAAGCAAAGACAGGACAUGAGAAAAUCGAUCGUGGAGGUUCUUUCUGCUAGAAGGGCCGAGUAGGUUGGAUUCCGAUUGGUGAUAAUUACUAACUAGAGAGAACAUAGUUACAAUGUGUAUACUUAGGUAGUUCGGUUGGUCAAUCUAAAUGUGUAUACUUAGGCAGUUCGGUUGGUCAAUCUAAAGUAUCUUUCUUCCCAAUAUGGUCAAAUCUAAAUAGAGUGAAUUUCACUAUUUGGGUUAUCCAAGAUUCUUUUUAUAAAUCAUAUCCUUUUUUGCAUUCA